AUGGAAAGAUUAAUGUUGGAACAAUUCAUCAAGGAGGAAAACAUUCAGAUACACAGUCCACAGGCCAUACUGGACUUGAUCGAGUGUUGCUCCAGGGAAAAUCUUGAUGUUGCACUGCAGGAUCCCUCAACACAGGAGGCAGUGAAGAAGUAUUUGGUCUGGCUAGACAUAUUCCUCACCAAUCUAGAGACAACACAUCCAGGUGCAACAGAGCUGCUGAAAAAGGGAGCCAUUGCAGUGGCACGGUCUUUGAUACCAGGAUCACUCAGCGCUGUUGACAAAACCAUGGAAGAGACAUUCAUGAAGUUCUCCAAAUCAGCAGGUGGCCUAUCAGGACUGUUCCACAAUUUUGGAGCAUACCAGCGCUGGUGUCGCACCAUGUCUGUGCGCACUCAAUUUUUUGAGAAAACUUUAGAGAUGUGUGACAUGAUUGAUGACCCAGAGUACCCAAAGAAUGGGAAACACAGGGAUCUUGCGGCUGCACAGAUCAAAAAAAUAUGGAGUAGCAAGGAGGCAUCACCCAGUUUAAAGAAAUGUGAGACUGCAAUCAUUUGUGUAGAGGGGAAAGCCUACCAUUUGAUAAACAGUGAGGAUGAGCAAAUCCAGUUGAAGGAGCUCCACUCCUUGAGGUCAAACCAGGAAGAAACGGAUACAAGGGUAGUGCUCUACCUUCACCAUGCAGCAGCUCUGGGUUUUACAUCAGCUGUUGUAAGGACACCCGACUCUGACAUCUUUUUUAUCCUUCUGCAUCACUCUCAUUCAAUUAGCCUGACUAUCUUCUUAGAUAUUGGCACAGGGAAACAGCGGAAGCUUGUGAACAUAACUGAACUUGCCACAGAGCUUGGUAGUGACUACUGCAGUACUCUUCUGGGGUACUAUGUGUUUUCUGGGGAGGAUUGUACCAGUGCAUUUAAAGGCAAAGGCAAAGUGGCUCCCCUUAAAAAGCUCCAACAAAACCCAAAGUUCCAGGCUGCUUUCAGGCAACUUGGGGAAGACUGGACUUUUCCAGUGAAAGUGCUGCAGGAACUUGAGCAUUUUACAUGUCUCAUGUAUGGGCACGCGAGAGAAACAUCAGUGAAUGUAGUGAGAGUUAAGAUGCUCCAACAAAUGGUCGGAGAUGAUGAGAAACUUACAAUCAAAUCAAAGGUUGACCUGUCACGCAUUCCACCCUGCCAGGAUUCUUUAAUACCUCACAUACAACGGGUUAAUCAUAGAGUGGCAUGCUAUAAGAGGGCAUAUGAUGCUAUUAUUGAAAAGCCAAAGCCCUAUGAUGAUCAACAAGGAUGGCAAAAAACAGAGGAUGGGGUAUUGCAACCAGUAUGGUCACUUGGGCCAGUUUUGCCUCCCUCAAUGGCUGAUGUACUGGAAACGGGCUGGUCUAGUGACAGUGAAGACGAGGAUACAGUAGAUUAUGUAGAUAUGUUAGAAUACCUUGAUGAUUAGUGGAAAUGGACAUGUGUUAAGCCUGCCUAUGUAGUCAGGGAAUAGAUUCAGUCACAAAUAGUUGCACUGACAAUGAUAUUUGGAUUUAAAAAAAAAAAAAAAAAGUUAUACAGUUUCCUGUUUGGAUGU